AUGAAACGAUAUGAGCACGUAUGUGUACGCUGCAGGUUGUUGGGAAAUACGAAAACAAUGUACGAGAUGUGGUGUUGGAUAGUAAUUUUGCAGUUCUUCCUGAUAAAAGAGUUCGCUUCAGGUAUCAUGCUCACCGAGGUGCGGGUGCCCAUGCACACCAUCAAGGGCCACUCGGUGCGAUUGGAGUGUCACUAUAAUAUGGAAGGCGAAGCGCUCUACUCCGUGAAGUGGUACAAGGAUGGCCGCGAAUUUUAUCGAUAUGUGCCAAGGGACGACCCGCCGGGAAGCGUUUUCCCCCAGCCGGGCAUCUUUGUCGACUUGCUCAACUCGACCAGCGACCAAGUGGUGCUGGACACGAUCGAUCUCUCCUCAAGCGGCAAGUACCGGUGCGAAGUGUCCGCCGAGGCUCCCUCCUUCCAGACGGUCUCGGACCAUGGCGAAAUGCUGGUUGUGGUUCUACCGGAGGAAGAUCCGUACAUAACGGGCGGGAAGCCACGCUACCAGAUCGGCGAUGUCGUGCGAGUGAACUGCACAUCUGGCCGCUCGAAGCCCGCGGUUCACUUGACGUGGUACAUCAACGGCGAGGCGGCGGACGGGGCGCUGGUGAAGCAGUACGAGCCGGUCGUGUCCGGGCCGGACAAGCUGGAGACCUCCAUUCUCGGGCUGGAGUUCCGUGUCAAGCUGAAACAUUUCAAGCGAGGCGAUAUGAAGCUCAAGUGCCUCGCCACCAUCUCGACCGUGUACUGGAAGAGCAACGAGGAGAGCGUCGAGGGCGAGAAGAUCCAGAAGGCACCGAUGCUCGAGUCCCGGCGGGCCGUUUCGAGCGACACGCGAGCUGAUCGGGUUCAAGCGGCGAGCAGCGAUGCACUGGCGAAUAAAUAUUCAUCGGGCCUGAAUUUUACAUGCUGGCUGCUGGCCGGGCUCGUGCUGGCUGUGGUUGCCCUAAAUGCAACUUAAUGCGAGCACAGGAGUAAAGAUCUCUCUCUGUCUCGCUCGCUGUCUCUGUCUCACUGUCUUCAGCAGCUAAAACCGUUUUAUUAUCGUUCUCUAUAAUACAUUCCGUCCCACAACGCGGGUUGAACCGCUCGCGACCCUUUGAAGACUUCGGCAUUUUUGCCUGCCGCAACAACUCCGCCAGCGCCAAACACGUGUCCAUCGGAAGCCGAAGCUGACGCGAAACGCGAUACCGAAAAAACGGGAGGACGGAAAAGCACACCGUUUCGCAGAGUGUCGGUGGAGAGUGGUGGGAAAUUAGGUCUGUCGACCUUUGUUACGAAAUAAUGAUGCAUAUCAUGUCAUCCCCACGGUUCGAAACCGCGGUGUCGGUGACUCAUGCGACGGUUGCCGAGAGUUUCCCGAAGAAAAGUGCAGUGCGGGUUUGACGUGACUGUUUGUGCCGACGGUGGAUGAGUAAUCGGCUUGUUUUACUCUAUGGCUAUUCAUAACAAAUGGAAACAUUCAGACGAGUGAAGAAAAAACGAAUCAUAUCAAUACGACACAAUAUCUCGAUGUGCUUUUUCACUGUUCUCCCAAAGAAACCCCGAAACAAAAAAGCGAAGAAAGCAAAAACAAAAACAUUAAACAUAUCACCAGUGAAUAUUUGAACUCAAGACACACGUUAAGAAAAGGAUAUGCAAAAACGAACAAAAAAAGAAAAUCAAGAAAGCUUUUCGCUCCUUUUAUUCGUGAAUAAGUGUGUCGCAACAACCCUGAUUCGAUCCCUCUUUGUAUAAAGUUUGUACAUAUUGUAAAACAUGUAGACCACGUGACCGGAUCAAUGGUCACGUGUUGCGCAAAUCGUUGCCAUGUUCUUAUUAUAAUUUUUAUCAGUAACAAGGUUUUUAGAUAAAACAAAUCGAGAAUAUGAUACAGUCAAAUACACACAUACACACACACACACACAUACAUGCGUGUAGCUUCGAUCAAACGAACGAAGCCACGACUAGAAGACAAACACAUCCUCCUCCUCCUCCCACCUCCAACCCCUGUCACCAACAUAGGAUCUGUCAGAAGCAUCCCACACUACUUCUAUUAAUAAUACUUAUGCUAUUACUACAACUACUAAUACUCGACGGUACAGUACUCAAAUACUCUUCUAGAAAAUUGUUACUAACCUCAUGUGGAGCGUAUCCGAACGACGGUGUGAAUGACCGUGACUGA